ACCCUACUGCCUAAAAUAACUAGAUCUACUACAACUACUACUACUACUAGAUUUAAGCCUUCUUCUUCUUUUUCGUUCUUAAUUUUUAGUGUUGGGAGGGAUUGAGCCUUAUCUCCCAGAGGGUUUGAACUCGAGACUUUUUUCGAAUUUUAUCAACCAUGAGCUUUGCCGACUCGACCAUGCUUCUAUCACAAUUAAGGCUACGUGUCAACUGGUUAUGCACCAUUGAGGCAAUUGACUCCGAUUUCAGCCUGCUUUUCUUUUUGGAUUUGCUUCCAUAGCCUUUGUCCAACCAAGAACAAACUACAAGGCAGUAGUUGUUUGAUUUUGGAGUUGUCUCUCCUAGAAGAGUGGCUGUCCCCAGCUAACGAGCCUCAUCUGCCCGAGGGUUCGAACUCAAGACUUUUCGGUUUAGCAACCAUGAGCUUUACCGCCUCGACCACGUCGACCCCUGAUUUAAGCCUAAAUAGCCUAAAUACUAAAUAGGCAUAAUAAAUCACUGCCGUUAACCACGGUCAAUGGCUACAUACUCUUAUUACUACUACAUAAUACAUAGAUUAAAUUUUAAUAUCUAGGCCUACAUAUUACAAUUACAUACAUAACAUAUGAUUUACUAGGUCAUUACUCAUUAGGCCUUAUUAAAUAAAUACUGAUGUUCUGAAACAAACUUUGGAUACAACUACAAUGAUGUCCAAUGGUUGAAAUGGAAAUACCAAUAUUUUAUAUUAUUUAGGUCUAUUAAAUAUAAAAUAACUAGUUACUAGAUCUACUUUAGUUAGGUAUCCUUGGAGCUAACCAAAAUGAGCCUGAUGUGUCAACAGAAUAGUUACCUGAAAGAGUUGAAUACUCAUGUUAAAAGUUGUAAAGCAGCAAGCAGCUAUGUCUCAAAUGAUGGUAAAUUGAUUAAGAUCCAGUGCUUUGAAGUCAUUCUAGAAGACACCAUUUUGUUUCCUGAAGGUGGAGGGCAGCCUGAUGAUAGAGGAACUAUAAAUGAUAUUCCUGUUUUGAGAGUGUUGCGAGUUGGAGAAAAUGCUGUGCACUUUAUACAGUCAGAGAUUCAAGAAAACGCCAAAGUUUUUGUCAAGCUUGACUGGCCACGGCGGUUUGAUCACAUGCAACAACACACAGCCCAACAUUUAAUAACUGCCAUUAUAGACCAGACAUUUGGCUAUCAGACAACUUCAUGGAGUUUGGGUACUGACAUAGUGAGCAUUGAGUUAAACACUCACAGCUUGAGCUCAGAUCAGAUGGUUGAGAUUGAGACAAAAGUCAAUGAAUGUAUACGGAACAACAUAGCUGUUUUGACAACACUCUACAAAGAUAAAGAUGACCCUGAACUAACAAAAUCCAGGUGUUUAGGUUUGCCCAAUGACCAUGUGGGUCCAGUACGAAUGGUUGCUAUUGAAGGCAUUGAUAACGCAUUGUGCUGUGGAACUCAUGCUUCCAACCUAACCCAUGUACAGGCUAUCAAAUUGCUAGAAACUGAGAAGGGAAAGAAAAAUAAAGUGAAUCUAAAGUUUAUUGCUGGCCAGCGACUGCUUCAGUUUGUGGGGCAAAGUUAUCAAAGGGAAAGGACCCUUACUGCAAUUCUCAAAGGGCCUCAAGACAAACAGUGUGAACUAGCUGACAAGGCCAUUAGAGGAUGGAAAGCUCUGCAGAAGACAUGUAAUUUACAACUGCGAGAGAUUGCUACUUUAGAAGCAACUUUAUUCAAACAGUCUGCACACAAGGAAACCAUUUUUAUUCAUCACAGGAAAGAUGGGGACAAUGACUACAUGAGUGUUUUGGUUGCAGCAUUAGGAAACGAGAAUCUUCCCAAACUGAUAACAGUGGGGGACGACAAAGAAGGAGGAAUGUUUGUCUUUGCAGGACCCGACCACCUAGUUCAAGAUUUAGGGAAACAGAUUUGUGAUGUGUUUGAAGGCAAAGGUGCUCCCAGCAAAAGCAUGUUUCGAGGCAAAACUUCCAAAUUGGCUAACAGAAAAAAAGCUGAAAAGCUUAUUCGAGAAUAUUUAAAACUUGAAUAGAUGCCUUCACCUGUUAACGACUUUUUAAAACAUAAUCAAAUAAAGCAUCUGACUAGUCCAGAGGAGGACUAAACCAAC